UUAGAGACACUGAAAUCAAUUCAUUCAAAAAGAAAGAAAAAAAUCAAAUAAUAUUCGGUGGACUGCGGUUAAUUAUGCUAAUAGACCACAAACUAACGGAGUAAGCUCUUCUUCAAUCUACUGAGAAAUUGUAUUACUGCAACUCCUCCUGUAGAUUGGUAUACUAGUACUAAUAUCUCCUGAUCCUGGCAAAGGUUACCACCAAAAAAGGAACUAGGAGAGAAGCAGAAACUAAAUGGCUCUUUCGUGGAGUACAGAUAUAGUACAUCAUUUCUCAAUGCAAAAUAAAAACAUUUUUUACAUAGAGCUUUUGACAUAGUCACAUUUGACAAUAUCUGUAGAAAUGACUAAGCACGGAACUUACUUAAGCUAGAGCUUCCAAGGAGAACCAAAAUGAACCUAACAAGGUUGACUGGUAUUAACUUACCACAUGGAUACUAUCGGUACCUGUAUUAUUCGUCACUCAACCUAUUUUUUAUCCGUAUGAAAUAUGAGUCAUCAGAUAUUUUAUCUAUUUUUUGCCCAAUCCAUUUUUGACCCGCCCAUAUCUGACCCUACCUGCUCGUUUUCCAGCACUACUCGAGACAUGCUUAUGCGUCUGAUAUUAUUUUGGUGCAUGUCUACUUUACUUGAGAUAUGAAUUACAUAUUUGUUUCAUAAGUAUGAUCUCUUAGAGUCUAAGGUAUGAGCUUUCAGGUAGCAUCUGAGUCAUGAGAUGAGUAUCUUUUAACUACUUGGAUUGGCAUGUUUCAAACUAAACCUAUAUGUUUUCAAAUGAAAUGAGAACUUGUCACAUAACUGAUUAUGUGUAAUAUUGAACAAGGAUUUGCAUAUAUUGAUAUAUGAGAUAAUCAUAUAUAUAGAAGUCAUAUAAAACGAGUUUUGAAUAAGAAAGAAAAUGAGAUAGCGAAAAGAGAUCCUUGUUUACAAAGGGUGAUGUUAGAUUCCAGUUAUCCUCAGACAACAGGGUGGAUCUAAGCUCGGUAGUCACACGAUAUGUUUGGGGCAAACUUCAUCUUAACUUGUACUUAAAAAUAGUCGAUCCAAAAUGUAAUGCUUUUCCUAAUGGAACAUCUAGGAUCUAAGCUACUAGUAAUACCUAUCCACUUGUCAUCCCAACCUCAAAAGCAAAAGUGACAAGAAUAACUAUACUCCAAAACCAUCAAUAUGGGAUAAUGUUAUGAACCAAGUCCAGCCCAAUGUAGAUACUAAUGUCAUACAAGUUGUUAUUGGGCCGAGAACGAGCAAUAGGGCCAAGUUAAUUUGGAAUCCGGGUUGAGUAGUGGGCAUGAAACGGUUCCAACAAAAAGGAUAGUGAUAUGUGUUUUAGGGAUUAUGAAAAUUGUUAAGAAAAGAGUAUGUUUCCUCUCAUCUCCCUUCUGAGUCUAAGUUUCCCAUCUCCUUCUAUCUAGCUCUAUAUUUCCUGAUCUUCUUUCCCUUCGGUUAAGUUUUCUCAGUUUCGUUGUAAGGACGUUAAUUGUUUCCAUUUCUCAAUUGUAUUUGUGUUCUUCAGCGAUUAUAAUAUAUAUCCUCGUUGUGUGGUAACUUGAGUUGUUACAUUGGUGCUUUCAUUGAGAGUACUCUAAGGGCAAUAGUGGUUUUAGAUCGAUUCACCGGCACGGGUAAUCCAGAUGACUGGAUCUUUCGGGCCGAACGAUACUUCGCGGACCUUGGCUUCUCGGAGAAUGAUUGGCUACCUCUUCCUUUCUUCUAUCUCGAUGGUGAGGCACUUGACUGGUUCCGUUGGAUGUAUCGCAACAAACAAUUUUGGGAUUGGAAGCAUUUCAAGGAAAAGUUAUCUUUGUGCUUUCGAGCACGAACCACCCCAGAGUCUCCAGUUGCACAAUCGCAAAUCACGACUAUUCUUACUUUGCUACAGAAGGUGCAGGACAAUUUUUCAGUUAUGUCUAAGUAACUUGACAACACCCAUAUCCCAACUUCCAGUAUUUCCAAUAUCACGGGCUUGUCACCAACAAUAAUUCAAGAGGCUGCAAUAGAAGAUGCAUUUGACAGUGCUACUACGAGGGAUAGCGAAGAGAUUGCCUCUGCUUUGGGUGAUGGACAAUCAAGCAUUGCAAAUAAUUUUGAGGUACAUCUUGACACUUUGAUCGAUACAAACUUCCUUUUAGUUGGGACAGAUUCGGUCAUGGGAGAUGAACAUUCAGGUCAUGCAGACCAGGUGUUUGAUGAAAGUUCUCACCAGAUUGAAGACUCGAUCCAUGAAUUUGACAUGGCAUUUGACUUGGUAGAGGAUAAUUCAAUGGGGUUGCAAAUGCCUUUGCAAGUAACUGAGGUGGUAAGUACACCUACUUGGUGCGUUGAAAUUGAUUAUCGUGGUGAUAUGCACUCUAGGAAAUCAAAUGUUGCGGAAGAUGAAUGUCUUGAAACUAAUACAGACAUAGUGUUCGGUGGAAGUCUCCAGCGAAACGAGUUCACCCUACAGGGCCAAUUUGCAAAUCUGAAGCUUGUAGUGACUGAAAAUUCUGUUUUCUAUGAGACUUUGAGUUCUAACUUUGAUGCACCAAUAAGAGUUGAUGGUGAGAUCUCCCUUAUCCCUCGUGAUGAUGAGGAUGAGAUUGCUGAGUCUUAUCCAAGCCUAUUCAAUCAGUCAUUUUUUUCCCAUUUUGGGGCUCUAGCAAUUGAGAGCAUGACAGAUGGCUUACCCACUUGUUAUUGGUUUGACACUGGGCAAUAUGUUUCUCAGUCCAUUACCUUCGUGUUCAGACGUAGGAAAUGUGGUGAUCAUUUAUCUGCAACGGACUUUGAUAAGAAUGAUUAUCUUCCUAUUAUUGGCGCUCAAGGUGGCAAUGUCCAAUUUUUUGCCAUUAUGUGCUCAAGUUGUUAUAGCAGUGGGGACGACUCAAAAACAGCUGUGAAGGAGCAGCUCACAAUUGGUUGCUCGACGUGUUGGCGAGUUACGUCCUAGCUAAAGAAUCGGGCAAUUCAAAGGUGCACCAAGUGUUCGACACAAUAUCCAAUGAAGCUUGGAAGGAAAAAUUUAAUGAGGGAAUAAGACAUGCUGAAUGUUUCUUUUCUAUGGAUGCCGGAGUGAAUAUGUUCAUCGUUAAGGUUGGUGGAACGGUGAAGGUUAAUUGUGUGUGGGAUCCGGGAAUCAGUUCCAAGACUAUGCACCAAAAUGGUCUUAGGGAGACCACCGAGGCACACCUAUUGCUCGAAUUUAUUGAUAUUACUUCUAGACGUUUUCAUUACUUUUUUGAUGCUCACUUGAAAGAGAGUACUCAAUCUAAAAAAAGGAGGAAGACGACAUUAAGGGGACUCUUGGUAUUUUCUUAUGUGUGGUUGAGUUUGCCACAAGAUAAUGGAUGGCAAGUUUUACUUGAUAUAUAUACGUGCGUGGAAGCUAAGGAUAUGCCUAGUGAUAUUAAGCUUUGUGUUCUUACUCUUGUUUAUGCUGCGUUACUGGAGCCAAAGCAGGAGAGACCUGUUUAUAAUGGACAACCCCACAAUAAUGGCCAAGUCAAUUGUCUGCACAAUUCUUAUGGUACCUAUCAGUGUGCCUAAAACAACAAUUGUGUUGGUUUAUGGUCAAGAGUACAUUUUACCUCCUUGGUUAGUACAGAUUCACCCAAAUCUCAGAAAUAUGGCUUUCAACAUGCCUAUGUUCAGUGCAAAAACUUCAUCCCAAAUAGUGAGUUGUGAUUUGGUUUUAUUUGGGACUAAUUCAUUGUUUCAAGUAGUGCACAAAAUCACAAUAUCAAUGACGAAACCACUUGGUGCAUGGAUUGACAAAUAUUUAACUGUUGAAGCUAUAAUGCAGCAUCAAAAAGUGUCAACAGAUCAAUGUGCUUAUUGGUGUUUGAAAAUGAUAUAUAUUUCUCCUGAUGACAUCUCAUUUUGGGUUGAUACUCAUACUAGUGUGUGUCCAAUGAUUAAUAUAAAUUGCAUGUGUGGUUUUGAGUGCAUCUAUGUUGCAGGUAUUGUGACUUUUAAAUGGGUCAAGAUUGUUCAAUCUACUCAGCUACUGUUAUCUGAGGCAAUUGGUGAGGAGCAUGCUAUUUCCAUUGUUAUUGCCUUGAACCUUGAGGACAAGGUUCUUAUUGACGACGGGAGUAUUGUUAUGAACCAAGUCCAGCCCAAUGUAGAUACUAAUGUCAUACAAGUUGUUAUUGGGCUGACAAGAGCUAUUAGGCCGAGAACGAGUAAUAGGGCCAAGUUAAUUUGGAAUCCGGGUUGAGUAGUGGGCAUGAAACGGUUCCAACAAAAAGAUAGUGAUAUGUGUUUUAGGGAUUAUGAAAAUUGUUAAGAAAAGAGUGUUUCCUCUCAUCUCCCUUCUGAGUCUAAGUUUCCCAUCUCCUUCUAUCUAGCUCUAUAUUUCCUGAUCUUCUUUCCCUUCAGUUAAGUUUUCUCAGUUUCGUUGUAAGGACGUUAAUUGUUUCCAUUUCUCAAUUGUAUUUAUGUUCUUCAGCGAUUAUAAUAUAUAUCCUCGUUGUGUGGUAACUUUUGGAAUUUCAUUCUUUUUUCUCCUACCCUGGUAACUUUGACACCGAAAGGAAAAGACGACCAAUCUGAGCCUUUUCUCUCCUUCUAAAAAUUCUCGUUAACUACCCGUUUUAUCCCAACCAACUGCAGCAAUAAAGCAUCACCCAACUUGAGCUUAAUUUAGUCAAACGAUUUAAAACAAAAAACAGGGUAAUGAAUAAGUCAUAAUUAGAUAGAAGUGAUAAAAAAUCUAACACAUCAUCAACCGUCAACCUGUUACGCCACAUAUAGUACUUAUUGAAACCUUGGCUCAGCCAUUAUCCCGGCUAGGAUGGAUAAAGAAUCCAAUAAAAGUAUGCUUCAGUUCACAAAUGUUGGAAUCUUAGUUACUAAUGAGGGGCGGAGCUACAAGCCCGUCUACGAGUUCAGCCGAACCUAGAAGCUUUGGCACAAAUCUUGUAUUUGUGUUUUAAAAUUCAUUUAAUACGUAUAUACAUAUAAUGUAUCCAGAACUCAAUAAGUUGUAUUUUCUAGAAUGCAAAACCCACAGCCUCAAAAUCCUAGUUCCGCCUCGGCUACUAAUUGGUGCCUCACAAGUAAAGUCAAAGUAAACCAUGCAUCGAUGGCUGGAUUUCACUAAACCACUUCAUAAAAGUAAGUUUAUAUGAUUAUAGAGAUUCUAAAUCCCAAAUUGAUGUGUGCACAUUCCCCAGAUGCAAUGAAGUUACUAUUGACCAAUUUAUAACCAAUUAAAAAACCCCUUUCUAAGUACUUAAAGAAACACACAAAGCAGCCUUGUACCAAUUCCCAAUCUCAAAAAACAAACAAAGACCGGACAAUUCCAGCAUUUUCAAGUCAAAUAUAGCAAUAAUUACUGAAUUACAAGGCAUUUGGCCAUAGAUCAAAAUAUUUUUUCCUUCAUUUGUAAUUUAUGGAGUUGGAGUUGAAAACGAAGCUGUGUUUGGUUAUACUUUUUGCAAAGAAUAUUUGGAGCUGAUUGAAUGUACGUUAAC